AUGGAUGACAAAAUAUGUAGAACGUUCUUUGCUUUAAGGAACUCGAUUUACAAUAAUUUGGACGCAACCGGAGGGUAUCAAUUGAUUAUGAAUCAACCAGUUUUAAAUGGGUAUUUUACUAAUAACAAUUGUAAUAUUAACCUCGAAAAAAUUAAUGCUGGAUGUUUAUAUUUGCUUGAUGCAUUUUUUAAGGAUUCUUCUGUGUUUAGUUCUGUUGCAAAAAAUAACAUAAAUAUUGUUGAAUACAUUAUCAUGUGGUUAAGUUAUAUGUUAAACCUAAUAAAAAAUGAACAAGGCAACAGUCUAGAAUAUUUUUAUGAUAUAUAUAUAAAGAACCAUGAAAAGUAUACAGAUUCUAUAACUAGUGUUGAUGCUUAUUAUAAUAGUUAUAAGGAUCUUAUAGAUAAAAAAAAUGAUUUGAUAAAUAUGGAUAUUAAAUAUAUAUCUAAAUUUUAUGAUGCAUUUAAUACAUUAUGUAUGAUGUAUAUUGAAUUUAAUGAAAAGACAUUACAUUGCUCUAACUGUUUGCAAAAUGCUAAUAAAUUUGUUAAUAAAUAUAAAGAAAUGAAUCAAAACUCUGUUAUUACUAGUAAUAAUUCAUAUGCUCAACUAUUGUCUACUUUAUCAAAUGAUUAUGAUAAUUUUAAAAAUUAUUGUAAUAGUAAAGGUGUUAAUUGUACAAAUUUUCCAUCCCUUGCAACGAUAGAAGAAAUACAAACUUUAGAAAAAAAUUCUGAACAGCUUUCUGCACAUAGUUCUGAACAAACUGUAAACAGUUCUUUACAAGAUUCUGAGCAGAUAUUUACACAAAGUUCUAAACAUAUUUAUACACAAGGUUCUGAACAAAUUUCUGAACAACGUUCUACACAAGCUCCUGAAGUUACAUCACCAAGUUCGUCGAUAGGAAACAAAUUAUUUACAGUUUUAUCGGUAUUUGGCGCAAUAUCAUUUUUUUUAGGAAUUUCUUAUAAGUAUUCAUUAUCUGGAUUUCGGAAACGAGCUCAAAAACAAUAUUUAAGAGAAAAAAUAAAAAAUAUAAAGAAGAGAAUGAAUCAUUCAUAUAUGAUUCGAAGAGAGUGA